CGCGAACUGACUGGCUUCAUGGCUCGUGCAGCGAGACGGUUUUGGUGAUGAUCAUCUCCCAGGUGGCGGGUGAAUAGCCGGCGUACUUCCAGCUCACCUGCACUACACUGUCUCGGCUAUCGCAAGGCUCCCGACUAUUCCAGUGUUAAUUAUUAUCCAUAAUAUUUGAUGUGAUCAUCUUUCGUAAGCAGCCCAGAAACGGAUCAGCGACCAGUUGUGGCCGCCGGUUGGUGCGACUAUGGAGGAGCGCUCUGCCGUCUGAUCCAGCCGCUCGAAUGCUUGCACCAUGAGCUUAGCAUGAGUUUCUCCCCGCAUCUAUCGCCAAGGAUGCUGCAGCUAAGAUCCUCCUAGUCCGGGGUAUUGCCCGAGCAAUAAACAUGUGACAAUUUGGACCAACGGCAUCACUGCGACUUCAAACCAAAACGAAGAGUGUGCUUCGACCUAUUUUACCUCAGUCAUCGUUAAUUGAAAGCUCUGCCGUCGAUUUCGCUGUCUUCUGUUUUGAUCGAGCUUAUUGUCGCUCCGCCCACCCGGACCAGUAGACCCCGAUCCCCGAAAGCGCUCCGCUACAGCUCCCAUCGCUAUCGCUGACGUCAAGCCGAGCAGCUUGUCCCUCCCACAAAACCUCUCACUAACGGCGCAACCUCACAACAACGCAACCGCUCGCAAUAGGUGAUGUUUGCCCGUAUCUCACAACUAUCCCGACACCUUGCUCCCUCCACAUCCUUAUCCGCUAGCUCCGGCGCACGCGUCGGCCCAAGAAUCGCUACCAUGGCGGCCGCAGCCAACGCGAGUCGCAAGAUCCAAACCGCAGCUUGCCUGAUCAUUGGAGAUGAAGUAUUAAAUGGAAAGACGGUCGAUACCAAUUCGGCGUUUAUGGCAAAAUGGUGUUUUUCUAUGGGUAUUAGAUUGAAACGAGUCGAAGUUGUCGAAGACGAUCAGGGUGACAUCAUGGAAGCCGUCCGCAAAAUGAGUGCCAACUACGACUUUGUCGUCACGAGCGGAGGCAUUGGACCAACCCAUGACGACAUCACAUACGACUCGAUCGCCAAGGCUUUUGAUCUUCCGCUCAAGCGAUACGAAGUUGCCUUUGAGCGCAUGAAGCGUCUGAGCAAGCCACACCCACAACAGCCCAACUUUAGCUGGGAGGAGGAUUCACCUGCUCUGCAAGCAAAGUUGCGCAUGGUGACACUACCAAUGGACGAAAGUAGACCUCUGGAAAGCCAGUUUAUCUUUGCCAACGAAGAGAUGUGGGUGCCUAUCGCAGUGGUGAACGGCAACGUCCACAUCCUCCCUGGCAUCCCUCGCCUAUUCCAAGCGUUGCUUGAAGGGCUUACGCCUCAUAUUAAGCCGCGCCUUAUGGACCCUGACGGCAAAGCCAUUUCGCGCAUUGUUAUCUCCACACCGCUCCCUGAGAGCACCGUCGCCGCAUACUUGACACAGCUGGCGGCAAAGGUCGAGCCAAAGGGCAUCAAGGUUGGCAGCUACCCACAUUGGGGGGAGGCUAGAAACUCCGUCACUUUGACCGGACGGUACGUUCUCGAAUGCCUUCAGCCACACUCGGCAGUUAGUUACUAACCGCAUUAGGGAUGUUGAAUACAUGGAGAGUCUAGUGAAAGAAGUCGUUGAUAAUGUUGAUGGUCGCAGGGAAGCCAUUACUACCGAUUUAAGCACGCCUAAACAGGAAUAGAUAGCCGACUCUCCGAAAAACAGUGGCUUCCAUAUCCGAUAUCGCGUACCUAGACAACUUUAAGAGGCGAUAAGGUGACAUGUUCACUCUGUGGAAGCCGUAUAACCGGUGCGUAGUACCCGCACUUUCGUCCUUUGACAGGCGGGUGUUGUUGCUGUAAUUAGCAGUCGUACUCGGGUCUGUUUAAAACAUGAAACAAGCUAAUCGCCCGUGCUUCGCAGCGCAGCGAUGCAUCGAAGUGUCUUACUCGCAGUGAUCGGCAACGCUAGUCGUGACCGGUGCCCUCCACAUCACGGAAAUGGCAUGUUAAACACGGCAGAUGAUGUGGUUGUGUAGUUCCACGUUAAUAUGCGAAUAAGGGGCAUUAUUACGCCACAGCCCGUAAAGCUGGUAACUUGAUCGAGUCAGGCUGUGUCGGAUCCGACAGUGAGUCUAGAUGCUUGCGCUCACGUCAUGCCUGGGAAAUGGGCUAGACACAAGAUCCAUGAAUGAAUUCUCGGAUUCUCCUCAAACAUGCCACCCAGGCAAGAAAACGGAAUUACCAGCAGCGACAGCCUCAGGGUCAAGCGACAGGGGGCUAAAUGCAGGUGAUGGGGGCCGCGCAUGAAAAUGGCGCGGUAAUCCACGGCCGUCGCCCACCCGCCGGAAGUCUAGUUUUCUAGAAGCAUGCACGGUGACCGCCACACAGGCUUGGCGAACACACUAGCGGGUCAAGGACCAAUUGCCUGCCCGAGAUUUGGGUUCUGUAAACUGCAACACAGGCGAGCCGCAUUUAUCUUGAUGGCAAGAAACUUGCUCUUGGCCGCUAGUGUGGGCGCUUUGGACUAGUGCUGAAGGUCCCCCAACAGGAUGUGCCAAAGGAUUUGUUUGACGGGUGCCAAGCGAGGAUGCUCUGUUAGAUACUAGAGACGCUUUGUCCAGUAUGCAGUCAUGGCCAGCGGCUCGCCAACACUAGCUUGGCAGGGCUUAAAUGAUGCAUCGCGUACGAACCGACUAGUUUGGCAGGCAUUUGGGUAGACGGAAAGACGCGUCUCCGCAACAUAGGGCUAUACAGCUGCUGGGAAUGACUCUGCUGCUAUCGGGCCUAAUGUGUUCGGCAGAAUGAGAGCUGUUUAACAACGGCUCCUCUUUGAUGGCUGAUGAAGGGCUCAAUUAUCCUAAUUAUGACUCGCACUUUCUUGGGGAGGGGAAUGACCACUAGCCAUGGUCGUGAUAUCGUGUCUGGUUGGCUGAUCGCGGUCACUAAUAUCACGGAUGGGACACCGAGCGGACGCCAGCCAAAAGCGUCCAGUACCCCUGGUCCGGCCGACGCUUCGAAAAUGGGGAGCCCAGUUGGACCCUUGCUUGCCAGGAACGCCACAGCGCACAUGGUCCUCUUUUUCAGAUAACUAGACAGGCGAUAGUCUACCGUCGCGGCACUGAUCCGGCCGGAGCUUACAGCGAUAGAAUUGCUUCUUUUCGUCGGCGAGGCGUCCUGAAGGGAACAAGGUCCCCGAGGGCACACAUGCCUGUGCGUACGAACGCCUAUGCAGGCGUGAUGGUGCACAGUGGUGUUGUGGUGUGGGAUUGGAGAGAGGUGACGUUGGGAAGAUUGGGAGUCAAUUUUAGCGCACAUCUUUUUCCAGAAUCGUCGUCAACUAAAAGCGUAGCGUGACUACACGAUAAUUAGCGAAUGUACGCCAUGGAAACUCUACCAGCGUAGUAGACGGCCACACGUUUUAUUCCCUAUAGUUUGUAGGAAGCCGCGUGCUCAGGUUGGGCUCCUGUGGCCGUUCCAGGCGCGAGGCACGAGCCAAGUUUUCCCCACAAUCUUCACCAAAAGCUGACCCUGGCCACGGAAAUGAAGAGCAAGACGAAAGGGGAACGGAUCCUUGAUUGACGAGUAUUGACAAAGUAGACCAUUAUGGGCUGGCUGUCUUGUACUAUAGCUCUGGAGCGCACACAUCACCUGUUUCUGGUGAUUGGCAGAUGCCGUCAAGCCGCCAAGGCUAGAGGCUCCUGGCCUCCGCGGUUAACACAUGAGGCCAGCGAAUGAAGUAGUCAGGAUGGCAAGAAGCAACGACGAUGGCGUUGAGGAGUGAGCGCCAGAGCGUUGCGCAAGGCGGUGGCCUUUAGUUGCCACAGCGCAGAGAGGCACAUUCGGUAGGUACUUUGAGGCGACUUGGGGGGAGAAGCGCCAUGGUGCGUGUUGACAGGGGGUAGAGAAGGGAAAUGGGCAAAUGUAACUUGGCCGCCACAAAGCGUUAGGCUGAAUUUUCUUGUGUCUACUGUACUGCUUAGGCUAUCGUUGAAGAAAGAAGUGUUACAGCAGAUAAGUUUGCAUUGGGUGCGCAGAAUGCUG